UAAAACUGUCAGUGUUGUGCCGUUGUCAGGUAAAAAUUCUGCACUGUAUUCUAAUUUAAAUCUGCCACCGCUAUUGGCUAAGAGGUAUGCUAUGAUGUAAACUGGUACGUUAUGAUGUCACAAUGCCUGUGUGUUUGUGUAUUUGUUAGCAGCUCCGCCCUCUCGGUCUGCCAGGCAACAGCAUUUGUUGCAUUUUUCAAACAUGAAGUGGGAGUGGAGUUAGAAUCUGGUACGGGUUGACUUGCUCUUUAAAUCCAAUUCUUCCAGAAUUAUGAAAUCCAAAAGCUCACAUUCAAAAUUAAACAAUAAUGAUGUUUACUUUCAAACAGACAUAAAGUUGGAAUCUGUUUUUGCAGCAUUCACCAUAAACUACUCAUGUCAAACGAGAAAGUUUCAGCAUCUCCACAAUGAAUCUCGAGGAGUGUUCCCUCCCUGAUUUCAUCUCAGAUGAUUCUGGAGGAAGUUCUUCACUGAACGAGCCGAGACCCACAAGGCCGGCAGACCCUGUUCCACAAACAAGUCGUGAAAGCUCCCAGUCUCUGACUGCAGCAGAGCUGCACAGAUGGAUGGGUGUACCUGAUCAACUGCAUCGUUCAGCCAGUUGUAGGAACCCAGAUCCAAGCCUGAUCCCCAGCUGUUUGGUGUCUCCACUGAACCUGAUGGUGUUACCACCUUGUUCUUGGGUCCAGAAUAACUCUACACUGAUCACUUGCAGUCCCUUUGCUCCUCAGCCCUCCCAAAGGCCCACUAGGAGCUUCAUCUCCCACGCACCUCCCUUUAGACCUCCUCUGUGUAUGCUGGUUCCCUCCAGCAGCCCACAGGGGUUCUGUUGGAGUGGCAUUGGUCUCCUCCCUGCUUUCAUCCAACCUAUGAGCUGGUGCCUAACCCAGGUUCCUGUCCAGCAGACCCACAACUCAGCUCUGAUUCAAAACAGACUGCUGGAUAAAACGGUGACGCCGCCAUCAGUGUUGGACAAGAGUCUGGUUGGAACUCAAGAUGAACAGCAGAAAGCGCCUAACAAGAAUGAAGAACUACAAAACCUCAAAAAGUACCUCAAAGUUCCUCCAGGACCUUCGUCCUCUUGGGAGAAAAACCUCGAGUUUGAACCCUGUGAGGACUGCAUGGUUGCCCUGAAGUCCCUCUGUUCUGAGGCCACAGAAGACACGGGAGAAGACCAGAGACACGAGACUGAAACAGCAGAAAACACCUUGUGUCUGCAGUACCUGGAUGACUUAGGUCAUCACGAGGACUUAGUCCAAACUCUGGAGUGGAGCCUGGAUCCUGACUUCCUGAACUCCAUCCUGUCUUCAGCCCUGGAGCAGCAGCAGGAGUCAAUUUCAGAUCCACCUCCCGUCACCGUGACAACAUCUCCACAGUCUCCUCCUGAUUUGACCUCUUCCCACCUAAACUCCGAUCCUCUCAGCAUCAAGUCAGAACCAAACCCACACCUGAACAGACAAGAUUCCCACGAGAAAUCACAAGAAAAUCUGUGUCGCCCCCUGGUGGAGUCACCGCUCCUGGAGGAGGAAGCUGACCGUCUCCUUGACAACAUGCAUCCAUCACACGAAGAGAACAAGAUCCCGGUUAAAACCCGCAGCACCGCUUGUCCGUACUGCUGCUUCAUCCUGGACAACACGUUCACCCUCCCAGACGACACGACCGUAACGAAGAGUGACCCAGACUCACUGCAACGCAAAUGGACACCAGCGGUGCAGAGGAUGGAGGCCAGUCCCUCUGGGGGAUCUAGUCUGAACAUCAGGACAAAAGCAACUAAAAUCAGAGGAAGAUGUGAUAUAAACCAGGAACGGCUUAAAAAAGGACGCAGUGAGCAGAAAAGCCCUUUGGCAGAAAAAAUAACACAAGUCAGACAGAGUCGGAGGCUGCUGGAGAGGAAAGUAAUGGAAUACAAGAGGAACCUAGGUGAGAACGGACAGAUAAAAACUCAGGUAAUCAAAGAGACCAAGACAGAAGACAUACAUCCGAACCAGGCAUCAGCAGAAGGCAGCAACAAGGAUGGGCCAGGAAGAGUGAAAACCGGGAAACCAAUGUAUUUUUUACAAAAACUGGCACCAUCUGCGAGGAGUAAAACAUCUGGAGUCGCGAGGACAAAUGCUAAAGGCACAGCUGCCGAGGCAGCAGAAGAACAAACCAAGACACCGAUCACACAGAGGGCAGGAAAGAGAAAGCCGAGAAGAGAAACCCAACAACUCGUUUCCAGUCCGGUGAAAAAGAGAAGGACCCAAGAUCAGGAUGAGGGGCCAAAAGAGGCAAAGGCCAGACGACAGGCUCCCCGAAAAGAGUUAGUUAAAAAAGACAUCUCAAAGAAACCUCUAACGAAGAGAGGCACGGCAAAGACUCCACCAAAAAGACCCAAGACAACUCCUAAAGCGGCUCCAGAGACUUCCCGAUGGAGUGUGGAAAAUACCGGGGAGAUGAAAAUAAUAAUAAGGGCUGAAGUCAAAGACCAGACUAAAGCUGAAGCAGGUUCUGAGCAGAGGACGUGGAGGGACCAUUCCGGCUCGUGGAGCCAGCCAAGAAACCCCAAAAACACACGUGGAGCUCCUAAACAGAAACAAGGCUCAAAGGAGACUGAGAAGGCUUGCGUCCAGCCCAGAGCAGCAAGACCGCCCAAAAAACACCCCAAAGAUUUAGACUCGCAUGUUUAAAU